AUGAUUGGCUCUUCAUGUUUAGAAAAGGAUUCAAGUUGUUUGGAAUUUUCAAGUGAAGAUGAAGCUUAUCAUGACGGUGAUGAAACUAGUUUUACAUUUGAUCAACAUUUUCAAUUUUCAUAUUGUUUAAAUUCCGAUCAUUCCAUCAGUGAUAGAGAUGAAUCAUUAGAGAGUGGUAGUUCCGAUCGGAGGACUCAAUUGCAGCCAAGCUUUUUGAACAUUAAAUUACGAGUGUUUAUUUCCAAACACAUCAAACACACUGGAACACAUUUGUGGAAUUGUUCUGUAUUAUUGGCAAAUUAUUUUCUUCAUGAGAUGACUCGAACCGAUCAUUCGGAAUUGUUUGAAGAUGAUGUAUUAUUGCCUGUAAUGAAGAAGCCUCUCACGAUAUUGGAAUUAGGAUGUGGAUUAGGGCUUCCUUCAAUUUUAAAUUGUAAAAUCAAUGAAAGAAAUCGAUCGAUAAUGACCGAUUUGAACACUUCAGAUUUUGAAGAACGAUGUUUAACACAAUGCAAAUUGAACUCCAUUUCACAAAAUCAAUAUAGAAUUAUACCCUUGGAAUGGGGUUACGAUUUUACCAGUGUUUUGAAAACAAGUAUGGCGGAAAAUAUUGAUCUCAUUAUUGCCACUGAUUGUCUCUAUGACAAAAAGUUGUACGACAAUUUCUUUUCGACCAUUUACUUUUUGAAAACAUUGUUAAAGAAACCAAAGCUGCCCUUACUGCUUGCUCAAUACAAGAGAAAUGAGAGUGACAACAUUACAUUUCAGUUGAAACGAUGGAAUUUAUCUGCAAGGGCUCUGAAUUGGCAGGAAACAAUCGAUCUUCAACGUUAUUUAACACUCAUGAAUGCUACUGAUAGUAAUGAUCAGGAGAAUUUAGAAAAGCAAUUCUUUGAGCUGUAUGAAGCAACACAAAUUGUUUUAAUAAAGUAA